AUGAAACCCUCACAUGCGUUCCUCCUGUGGUGGAAGUCGAUCAACGUGCGCUCGGGAUUAUCAACAGAUGUUGGUUCAGCCCUUCUGGAAGUGGAAAUUGCUCUAAUCGAGUUGCCAGUCUUCAACCUGACAAGUGAACGACUAUACCCUACUAAGAUUGGGUUCCCGUUGUCCGAUGCUAAACAUCUGUGGCUUUCCUUGCUGUUCACGGAUGAGGCUGCCUACCACUGCAACCUCAAUCUAAUGGAAACGUGUAAUGAAAUUUACCUUGGCCGUGACAACAAAGCCCAAACGUUGCUGAACCGAUCAAAGACAUUAAUUCAGACCCAACGAAGGGUCGAAAGUUGCGAUGCUCUUUCUGACUCCACAAUGGGACUUGUCACAUCACUCAUCACCCAAGAACAAAUACGGAACCAACAAUCGGCUGCUUUAGUGCACGCAAGAGGACUGCAAAAGAUGGUCGAGCUACGAGGCGGACUCGGUCAACUCGAGCAAAACCCCACACUUGUAUUGGCAGUUUGCAACCUAGAAGAGAUUUUCGUGUCGAUUUGCUACCGCCUCCUACGAUUCAUUCCAAUCCAUCCUCACACUGGGAGGAUCGACUCGCAGAGUGCGCUAGGUCUUGGAUUGCUCAUCUUUACGAUGACUACCUUUUUCCAAGCGAACGAAAAGCGAAUCAUGGAUUUCAAGGCAUUAUGUGUACGUUUCGAAGAUCUCCUACGCGGUAAUCUUUCGGGAUUUGGAGACGAAAUUAGCCUAUGGCUGCUGGCUUUGGGCGGGAUCUGGUUUCAAAAAGAGCUGGUCACAGAUCACGUCGCUUCUAAAAUGCGAAAUUUGUGUUCACUUCGAAAGAUCUACACUUGGGUCGAAUUUCGAGCAUGCAUAUCUAAGUUCCCCUGGAUAACAGUUAUCCAUGAUUGUCUCGGUGAAGAGCUCUGGAACCAGACACAACGAAUGAUUCAGUGA